AUGGCAAACCAUGGAAUCUCUUUCCUAUUCCAAUUUCGACAUCUCCUUGUUCCACUUGGAGUUAUAGCUUUUGCUGCCUUUAUAUACUACUAUGCAAUCGCUUGUUGCUGCUGUCUGCGCGGUCGUGGUGGCCCACAACACCGGCCCAUAAUCGUGUCCGAACUCGGAGAAAUACAGAUCGCGGUGGAGAAUCCGGUGGCAGAGCCCAUCCCAGCCCAUAAGCAUCAGAAGGGUACGGGCCUUGUGGGAGAAGAUAGCACGUGUGCGAUUUGCUUGUGUGAUUUUGAGGAGGGUGAGGAGUUACGGACCUUGCCCGUGUGUAUGCACUCGUACCACGUGGCAUGCAUCGAUAUGUGGCUAUAUUCCCAUUCAAGUUGUCCCACGUGUCGCUCUCCCGCCAUGCCUUCCUCUUGUAUUUUAAGAAACGAAUCCAAAUACGGCCAUGCUUCCAACCGCUAA